GACACCAUAUAAACCUGAAAAAUUCCUGUGCGACAACACUUUAACAAGAAAAUAUCAUCCUUUAGCACCGAUGAGCUCAUCGCAACCUUCGUUGUCAUAUAAUGUAACAAAUAUUUUGGAGCCACAUACUUCGAGCAAACAUCAAACAUUCGAGCAAAUAGAGUUGGAAAAUGAUCCAAAAAAUAUGCAAGAAAUUAUUAAAAUUCAUAAAAGAUCCGAUAUCAGAGAAAGGAUUACAAAUUUGUUAAACUUGAGCAAACGAUUUAUGCCAGCAGCCGAAAAAUUUUUAGCAAAGAAGGAUAAUUUAGAAACCGUUCUACAACAAUACCAAAUUAAUUCUAUUGACGAGCGUCGGAUUUUACAUAACAUAAUAUUUAUAUUAGAGGAACACAAUACAUAUCUUCAAGAAAAAAUUAAUUAUGAAAAUGCAGUCAAUUCGAUUCUUUUUUCUGGUGCAACUAUAAGAUAUGCUGCACAACAAUAUAAUAUUAAUCCCGUGUUGAUAUUUAAAAACAACAUAUAUGGAGGAAUAUUUAUUACUGAAAGAGUUAAAUAA